AUAUUUGUCCUCCUCCUUCAGUUUAUUAAGCAGUAUGAUGAUGAAGAUCUCAUGGAGAUUGUUCUUCCGCGUCUGGCCCGGGUCAUGACUGUCUGGGAGUUUGUGAUGAUGAAGGUGGAGAAGGGCUACCCGUCAAAGCAACAGUUCCCAAAUGUGUACCAUGAGUUUGAGGAACUUCACAGUCAGGUGAAGAAUAUGGCGCUGGAAUAUUUGCACACUUCACCCGCCUCUCGGCCAGCUAUAGAGGUCAACAACAUAGGAGUUUUACAGUCUCUGGGUAUAACAGAUCCCAACGCACUGAAACUCCUGACUUCUUCUGAAGGACAACAAAGUCAAAAGACAAAUCAAUUAGAGCCACGAGCAAAUCAGGCCACCAAGAGUCUACGGAGUAUUGAGAAUGCCAAAAUGCUGCCUCCUGCAAAAAGGUUUAAAAUAGAAAACCCUUCUGAAGAAACCAACGGCUAUCAGAUCAAUCAGAACGGCAUCCAGAAGGACGAGCCUGUUGACGACUCAGUACUGCUAAGGCCUCAGGUGGUGUUGACCAGACUGGAGAACCUGACGUCUGUAGAUCUGACUGCUGCAGAUGAAGCACAGAGCGCUGAAAACACUACUCCAACAAGGACAGAAGAAGAGCCUAUGGAGACAGAAGUGCCUUCUGCCGAUUCGGAUACUACAAAACCCACUGAAGAUCCAGAGAUCUCGAAGGUUUUGAAUAGCAGCACAACCGUCGAUAUCGCCGAUCAGGUGAAAGAGCUGGAGCAGGCUCUGAGCACAGACACUGAGCAUAAAAACUCAACUCAAGAACCAACACAGCAAGCGCUUGAAGAUGGCCAGGCAGAAGCCGUAGAAGAUCCUGAGGCCGGUCAGGUGGUGCAGCAGGAAUCUCCAGUCAUCAUCCAGACAGCCGAGGGGCUCGUCAUGCAGAGCGCAGAGGAGCUGGCCGCUAAAGGCAUCGUCAUAGUCAACGGUCCCGAUGGCACCAUGAUGCACAUCGAGGCGCCCGAAGGAGUUCCUUUAGAGACGGUUCACGCUCUACUGGGCAUUGAAACUGAGAGAAAGACUUAGCCACACCUUCACUUCCUGUUUUUGUCCAUUAUUGACACCAUGUAUACGUUCUGUCUGUGUUAUGGUGUUUUUUUUUCAAUGAACUUUUAUUGCAUUCUUUGUAAAUUUGUAUAAAAACAGUAUUAUUAUAU